AUGGAUAUAAUUAAAUAUAUUUUGUCAUGGAUUAUUCUAAUUUUUUUAAAGUUUGUAGAAGCCAUUUAAGAUGAUAUUAUGAUAUUGCCAUAAGAAGGGUAGGAAUCUAUCAAAAGAAAAAUUUUAUAAAUACCCAGGGAAUAUGUAACAGGAAUUAGAUCUCUAGCGGAUAACUCCCAUGUUCCUCUCUUAUCAAUGGAAUAUUAAGUAUAGAUUCAUAGUACAAUUUCAGAAGUACAAUUAAUUUAGGAAUUCUAGAAUCCAAUACUUGGAAGCUUCAUUUAAGCAGAGUUUUACUUUUAAACAAAGGUUACAUAAACAUUUGUCUCAUUUGAAGUGCAAUCAGAUGGAUAAAUAUUAAAAGGAGUUGUUCUAGAUAAGUAGAGCAAAAAAAGUGGAAAGUAUUAAGAUGAAAAAAUGAUUCCUUCACCCUAUGCAGAAAUAAUAGAAGAUAUACAUGACAUUAUUAGAUUAAACCUUGGAUUUAUGUAUCCUGGAUAAUACAUGAAAAUUGUAAUUAAAUAUAUAGAAGAAUUAGAGCGACAGGAACCGAAUGUUUGGAAAUUCACCUUACCUACUUAAAAUAGCAAAAAUUAAGGGAAAUAUGAUAAUAUAUUCUUAGAUUUUAGUGACUGCCCAGAUUUUAAUUUUGAAAGCUAAAAUUUAGUAACAUACGACUGGAAAAUAAAUGGACAAAUAUUUUCUUCAGAAUAGAUUAAAAAUAUUUUUAGUGUGAGUCAUUAAAAAGAUUUAAAUAUACAGCAUGUAAAAACAGAAAAAAAUGACUAUCUCACUUAUUUCUCUCUUGACUAUGGAAAAAAUACUAAAGAAAACAAAGAUUUUGUUCUUCUUAUCACUGAGGAAAUAGAUAAAGAUAAAAAUCAAUCUAGAACAUUUAUAGGAUAUGAUCCUUAGGAUUUAAUAAAUCCUUAUGCAGCCUUAAUUCGUUUUUCUCCUCUUAUAGUUAUAAACCCAGAUGAAUCGAACUCUUCUUGCAGUAAAAAAACUAGAACUCACCCUCAAAACUCUCAAAGUCAAUUUUUAAAAAAUAAUAACUAAUAGCUUUCAUCAAUCGAAGAAAGUGAAUUUGAAGAAAACUAAAAUGAAGAAUUAAAUAAUUAAUCAGAAAAUAAAUAAUCUUAGUAAUCAGAUCAGACAUAAAGCAGUGAAUAGUAAUAAUAAUAAUAAUAAAAUUAGUAAAAAAAGAUAGAAAGAUAUAUAUUAAUUGUUAUUGAGGAUAUUCUAUCUUCUAAUUAGUUUAGUAUAGAUAAUUAUUAAUUAUUCAUUAAAAAUAUAUUACUUGAAUUAAUUAAUUAGAUUUCAGAUUAUAAAUAUAGACAAUAAAUUAAUAUAUUUUUAAUAUCUUCUCAAGAAAUGGUAUUUACAGAAGAAACAGAUAUUAAUCUUUAAAAUGUUGAUGAUAUAUCUUAGAUUAUUUCAAAAAAAAUUUAAAUUAAAAAAGUUGAUGAAGCUGCAAAGCUACCUAUUGAAAAAAUAUUAUCAAAAGUUUAAAAUAAAUCUAAAAAGCAGUUCUUGCUGCUUGUUGGUGCAGGAGAAUUUUGGAAUAUUAGCCAAAUAUUGUACUACUUAGGACUCUAAAAAAAGCUAUCAGUGUAUGGUAUAGGUAUUGGUAAUCGCUAUUCAAUUUAAUUAUUUUAAAGAUUAGAAUAAAUGAAUUGUGGUAGAACCUUUAUAGUUAAUAGAAUUGAAGAUGUGAACCAAGAAAUCAAUAAAAUUAUUAUCGAAAUAAAUGCACCUAAAUUUAAAAAAUUUACUAUCAUUUAUGAUUAAAAGAUUGUUAACACAAUGAGUUCGAUAAUAGAUAAUAUAAAUACCAUAAGUCUCACAAAAUCAUAUUAGCUGAAUGUUUUUUUUAACAAAAAUUUGUAAAAACUCAUAAAAUAUUCUAAAAAAAAUUAAAUUGACAAAAUUUGCUUUAGUUUGGUUGUAGUAGAUGAAGAAAAUGUUGUUUACAAAACAAAAGCUAAAAUUUACUUUAAUCAAAUAAUUAAAACAAAUGUCUUUCACAAACUUGCUGCUAAUUAAUAAAUAUAAUCCUACUUAGUUAAUGCUCUUUAUAAACCUGAAGGAUUCUAGAAUCUAUCUCUUAUAAGGUAAGGGACUAGUGCAUAUGAAAGAAUUUUGUAUUUUUCUGUUAAAUAUCAGAUUCUGUCUGAAGUUACAACAAUGUACUUACUAGACUCUUAAUUCUUUGCUUGCUCAAAAAAUUUAGACCAAUAAAUAAAAAAUGUUUAGUCUUUCAUAAUAAAAUUAUAAUUAGAAUAAUCAGUGGAUGAAGAUGAAUUAAAUAUUUUCAGCUUGUUAGAAAAUCUAAAAAUUAAGAAUAAGAAUGUUAAUGAAUUUUCUUAUAUUAUCUUUAAAUUGGAAAUUGACUCAAAGAAUAAUAAAAAAUAAUAAACAAAAUAAAAGUAACCCAACUAAACAACAGAAUAGACCUGCACGUUAAAUUUAAAUCCUCUAAAUAUAAUAAACAUGACAUACCAAAAAAUUUAAUAAUUCAAAAUUAUUGGUAUUAAAUCUGAAAUAUAUUCUAAUCAACUCUACAACAAAAAAAAGAAUGAAAAGGGUCAAAGUUAUUCAGAUAUUGUUAGAUUUUUAAAAGACUAUACAAGGAGUAUAUUGGACCUUAACCUUAAAGCCAUCAUAUUAUAUUUGGAAUACACAACAUUUUUGCUAUUUACAUUAAUUUUUACAUGA